AAAAUUACUAGAUUAUUUUUUUUAAAAAUGGCGACGCCUGCUGUCAACACUUUUGGAAAAACAAUUGUUCCUAUUCGUUUUUUACUUGGAUUAUGUUUACCAAGUGCAAAAGAACAUGCUGCAAAAAUCAGAAUUCCUAGAUUGAAAAAAGAUGAUUACAUUAACAUGUAUUUCCGUGAUUUCGAAUUUGUUUAUGCUCACGAUCCAAAUAAAUUGUGCAAAACUGGUGACAUUGUUUUAGUAAAACCUUUACCUGAAAAAUUAACACGUCUCAUAACCCACGAGGUUCUUGAAAUUAUUUAUCCCAUGGGAGAUGUAGUUGAUCCUGUUACAGGAAAGAAAGUUGUUGUCAGCCAUUACCGAGAUGAAAAGAAAUCUUUCCGAGAAAUGUUUAAUACAAAACGUGGAUUUGAUUAUGAUAAAGCUCCUCCUCGAGGAAGAUUGGAAGGAAUUCGUGAUUUUACACAUAAACCACAUUAUAUUAAAUUUUACGAAGGUCAACCUGAUACAGUUUAGUGCAAGUAAUAUUGAAAAAACAAUUUUGUACAUAGAAUUAUUGAAUUAGAAGAAAAUAUAGAAUUUUUUCCAUCAUAAAAACAUAAACAAUAACUUAAUUUAAUUAAAUAUUGUUUUAAUGACUUAAAAAGAAGAUAUAACAUUAUUUUCAGUAAUACAAGAAAUGAGUAAAAACAUUUUGUUCAGUGCUUAAUUUUUCGUUUUGUUCUAACGCAAAAUAAAAUAUAAAAGCUAAUUUUCAUAAA